GCAGCGCCCCGGGUACCGGAGCCCAAGAUGUGCAGGCAGAGCAGAGGCAGCGGCUUCAGCAGCUCCGGGGCUCGAAAGAGGGACGGGGACCGGCAGUGUCGUCCAUCGCUCGUGGCAAGUCGGCUCUCCUGACCUGCCUGCCGUCCUUUUCCCCCCUCCCGGCGCUCCCCCAAAGAAUGUCAGCCAAGUCUAAGGGGACCACAUCCUCCUCCUCCGCCACCUCCUCGUCCGUGUCCUCUCCAGCCGAAGGGGUGCCGCCAGCCUCCAAAGCCAAGGUGAAGGAACAGAUCAAGAUAAUCGUGGACGAUUUGGAAUUAGUCCUGGGGGACCUGAAGGACGUGGCCAAGGAGCUGAAGGAGGUGGUUGACCAGAUUGAUACACUAACUUCUGAUCUGCAGUUGGAAGAUGAGAUGACUGACAGCUCAAAAACAGACACGUUGAAUAGCAGUUCAAGUAGCACAACAGCAUCAAGUUUGGAAAAAAUCAAGGUGCAAGGCAGUGCCCCACUCAUCAAACCCCCCGCCCAUCCAUCUGCCAUUCUAACAGUACUAAGGAAACCAAAUCCCCCACCACCUCCUCCGCGGCUGACCCCAGUGAAGUGUGAAGACUCUCACAGGCCAGUUAUCUCUGCCAAUCCUGUAAAGACUAAUGGGACUCUGCUACGAAAUGGAGGCUUACCAGGAGGACCUAAUAAAAUUCCAAAUGGAGAUAUAUGUUGUAUAUCAAAUAAUAAUUUGGACAAAGUUCCAAUGCAAUCUCUUAUGCACAGAUCUGAGAAAGACAGAUGUCCUCAGGCUGGAACACGGGAGCGGGUACGAUUUAAUGAAAAGGUGCAGUACCAUGGCUAUUGUGCUGAUUGUGACAUGCGGUAUAACAUUAAAAAUAGGGAGGUUCAUUUGCACAAUGAGCCUGCUCACAUCCCGGGAAAACUUCUUCAGCAGUGUCCUCCCUUGCCACCACCUCCUUCACCACUUCUUCCUCCCCCAUUAGAAAACGGAGGGGUGGGCAUAAGUCCCAGUAAUAGCUUUCCCCCUCUCAGACCUGCAACUGUGCCUCCACCAACUGCACCAAAACCCCAAAAGACCAUCUUGAGGAAAUCAACCACGACGACAGUGUGAUGUUUCCCACCUGGAAAACUGUUUUUGCUUUUGUUUUUUCUUAUGUACAAACAUUGAAAAAAGGUAAUGAGCACUUUCUACAAAAGCAAUAAAAAGCCCAAAUAUAUUGCACCCUUUCUUCAAUGAAGUGGCAAAGAAAUCACAUGCUCCUUCAGGCUGGAAGGUAUCUUAAUAUUUGACGACACGAUAACCAGUUCUCCCAUGACAGAUUUGACAGUGCAACCUCUUUCAGGCAAUACGAAAUUCUAACAACAGGGACUCUCCUUAGAGCAUGAACACCCUGGAGCCUGAGCACAACUGAUGACUAGUGCCAUCUGCAUUAAUCCACUGGCCUCAUUCAACAGCUAUGAGCUGAGUCCUGACAAAAGCCACAGCCUUAAGCACCAUGCACUCUGACAGAAGAAACAAAAGUCAGUUACUUUUCUGACCCAAUGCAGAAACAACAGUCGCUGAACAGCAUUCCUGUGAUCCGGCCAAAUGUGUUAAACAGAUGUAGCAAAACAAAGUUGGAAGCACUUAAAUGGAUCAGGCAAUGCCAAUGUAUUUUGGGUGGAAGAGAAGGCUAUUAUUGUCUCCUGUGCAAAUUCAAAGCCAUAGAAGAGAGACAGUUGAUGCUAAAAUGCUUGGAAAAAGGUUGUUUCCUGUCCUUUGCUGAAACAAUUCAACUGUUACAGCAUGCAUCGCAAUGCACUUCUAAUAUUUGCACUGUCAUUUUCAUUCAGGGGAAUGAUGUAAGCCAUCAUUUGCACAGAUGGCCACAUGAAAUUUUAGCCGACAAGAUGUAUGUUGAGAGUUUCAGAGCAAAAGAAAUUCAAUUUGUCUGCAAAAGGGAAGAAAACAUAAUGUCCCUCCAUCACUUUGCAGCUGGAAUCUUUUAAAAAAAAAAAAGUUGCUCCUUAGAACUGAGAUAACAAUAAUGAUAACAAGAAAGCAUCAACAAGCUAACAUGGAUUUUAGAAUCAACCUAAUUUUAAUACAUUUUUGUAUCGGUGUAAAAACAAAGAAAUUGACCGAGACAACUGGUAUGUUCCUAAUGAAUACCAACAGUAACCUCCCAAUUACUAUAAAGAAGGGGAAAAAAGCAUAUUUGUAUUACAUAUUUGACACACGACAUUUUUAUAGCUAAAGAUCUGUUCUUCAUGGAAAAUGUGUCAGAUAAAUAGGCAUUUUCAGUUUAUUUUUCUAAAUAAAUGUGUUUGUAUCAUUUGCAUUUACUUAUUUUUGCUGAAGUUCAUUACUCAACCACUAUUCUCUCUUUCACCAAAAAAGGGAAAUGUAAAGACAAGAACCAAAACAUAGAUUUUUGCCAUGCUAAAAUCAGAAUGAUUUGCAGACUGAAAGCUUUAAUAUAAAAUGUUGUUUGCAGAAUUAUAAAGUAUAUUUCUACUGGUAAAUACAUAUGGAAAGUAAGAAAGUCUGUAUUUUAAUCUUUACUUUCAAUACAUAGGUUAUUUUUACUAUUCCAAGGAAGUAAUUAGUUAGCAUAGUUCGUUGGGGAGUCUUCGAUACGAUUAAUUAUGUUGACUAUAGUUUAUAGUGAAGCUACAUGUACAUAACACAAGACAUGAUCCAGUACCUGAUCUCUGCAUGGUCAAAACGAUCUGAGGGUAGUAUAUAAUGCAGUGAGUGCUAGUAUUCAUCUCCAAAAAUAAUACACAUAUAUUAGGCCUCUGCUCCAGGGUGAGUUAUGUUAUACUGCAGAGCUGUAAUGGGAGAUAUUCAUAAGAUCAUUCCUCCAGUGUUUCCCAAUCAGGGCUUUAGUUAGCUAGGAUAGCCUCUGUGUGCAGGUGGUCCAGUUUGUAGGAUUGUGUGGCAUUUUGGAUGGAGCUGGAAGAUAAUGGAUAUAUUGAUGGGCAUCCGCAGAAACUUCCUGCUUUUGUCAAAAUGACCAAAGCAGCAAGGUGCUCCAAACUCCACCCCUUUGGGGCAUGCAUGUGAUGUCAAGGGAAAUGUAAAAAGGGUCUCUUCAGCUUUGAAGUUUCUUGGGUCAUAUAAAUUGCUCCCUUUCCAGUGUAGGCUGAUCUGUCCCCGCUCUUUCUCCUUCCCAAGAAGAUCUCAUAAUCCCAAAAUUGAUUGGUACAGGACCAGUAUGCAGUAUCAUACCUACACUUUUUGCUUAUAAAUAAAGGGCUGGAUUUGGUCCCUGAUUUGCAUAUUAUUUUCAUGAAGAGAAUUAAAUCAUUGCAUUGCAUUGAAUGAUUUUUUUUUUUUUAACUUCAAAUCUUGUAAAUCUUACAAUGGAUUUCAGGCACCUUUACAAUUGCCAUUUUUCUUCACGGGAAGAGAGACAUGUGAAAGUCAAGUUAUUCUGAUCAAUGCGUCCCUUUCAUUUGACCCAGAAAAUUCUAAUAUCAGUUCUUAAGUCAAUUUCCUUAAAAGUUAAAUUGGGAUACAAAAAAGUGAUUCUCUCUGUUUCUUCAGAUACUGUAUUUUAAGCUUUGAAUAUUUAUUUUCAUCACAGUAUUCUUUAAAAAAAAACAAAAACCCAAAAGCAUGAUAUCUGAGAAUCCUUAAAUUCUAACAAAAGUCCACUUACUGCAAAAACAGAAUGUAAAACUCUUGUGUGGCAAUGCAAUUCUAUGUUGUAUAUCUGGUUUUAGUUUUAAAAAAUAAAAAAACUUUCAGUGUGGUCUGAUACUUAAACAUGACACAUGAUACCAUGUCAUUCUUGCUUAGCAGGGAUUUAUUUCCAUGCUGUAACUUACAGUUCUUAUAACAUGUGAUUGUUGAAUGAGAUACAAUUUGGGGAAUCAGAGAAUGAGAAAUUGGGUAAGAUUGUUAAAUAUAAUUUGCAAACAGGAAGAGUUGCUGUACUCAUUCAGUGCAGUAUUUUGUUAUUAGUUCAUAGAUUCCUUUGAUGCCAGAAUUGUUUUGAAUAAAAUAUAUAUUUUCCUU